UCCAUCAUCAUCAUCACACAACACUGACCACGCAUUCCUCUAACAGAACAGUGCGAGCGACAUCGGACAAUUGGAGCUGAAUCUUCAGUCUCUUAGAUGACGCGUCUGGAACACAAAUCUCAAAGAAACGUGGUGAAUAUCAUCUCUCAGAUGCAAGCACCACUUUCUUCGUUUCAUCACAUAGCUCUGAGGCAUUUAUAAAAAGUCUCACGUCGAUUAAACAUCAUAUUUUGCCAAGAACAGAGCGGUGCUUAUCCGACUAAUGAGAUGCAAAGCCCACCAGCCCAGGUUCGAAAGAAGACGGCCCGCAUCCGCCUGUCAUGUCUUCGGUGUCAAAAACGCAAGAUACGGUGCGACGGCAUGCUUCCUGCCUGUGGAUCCUGCGCUCGGGUGGGUGCGAGCUGUGUGGAUGGAGAUCAUCUCCGUGGACGCGAUUAUCCGCGAGCUCUCAGGAACAGAGUUGCAUGGCUUGAGUCGUUACUGCAAUCUAAAGGGAUUGACCUGAGUCAGGCCCCGAGAGUCGAGGGUGAGACGGAAGAUGAGAUCAACUCGUCACAGCAGGCACAUUUGCCUUCGGAGCACAUAUCUCCAGGCUCUGUCGAUCAUGAAGAUCGGUCAGCCAUAGUAUCAGACAACGAUCCAAAAUUAGAGCCCCCUAAUAAAGCCCAAAGCAACGCUGAAGAUCUAACACAUCAAAUUGGGCUUGUCUCGCUAUCCAAUGGAUCAGAUCCUAAAUACAUAGGACCUUCUAGUGGAUUCUUCUUUGCACAGAUGAUGCUCGCCUCGCUGGGCCAUUCUUUCCACAAGAAUCGAGUUGAUGAAAGUGCUGGCUCUGGCGAAUCUCGGGCUGAGGAUAUGUAUGGUGGCAGCUUCGGACUCGACUUACCCGUGCAGCUGCCGCCUAGUAUGGCGCAAAUUGCCCAAAUCUCAAAUACAUAUUUUGAAGUGGUACACAUACAAUGGCCGUUCCUCCAUAGACCAACCUUUGUGGAACGUGCGAAUAACGCGCUCUUGGAUGAAAGCAAAGAUCCCGCUGCUACGUUCGAGACAUACAUGGUCCUGGCUAUAUCCUCGCUGAUACUCACGAAAAGAAUGCGCAUAAGCCUACCCACAACAGGGUACUUUCUGAAAGCAAUGAAGCUCUUUAACCUCAUCAAAGUCGAAGGCUCUAUACAGGGUCUUCAAUGCUUGCUGUUACUGCAGAUAUACACCCUGUAUAACCCUUCUGCGCAGAUGAACAGCUGGUAUCUCAAUUACCAGUGUAUUGCUGCGGCCGUGGAUCUCGGUUUGCAAAGAAAUAUAAAGAAUCACGAGACUCUACCACGUCUGGUUACUCAGAUGAGGAGAAGGAUCUUCUGGUGUGUGUAUUGCUUCGAUAGGACGCUUGGUACUAUGGCCGGACGCCCAAUCGGCCUUCGAGACGAAGCUUUUGAUGUUCCCCUUCCAGACGAUGUUGACGAUGAAGAAAUGUCAGGAGACUCAUCAACAGGAGUUCCAACCGGCGGGCAAACAAGUUCUCACAUGUCCACGGCCAUUCACCUCUUCAAGCUUGCAAGACUAAACUCAGAGAUGAAAUAUGUGCUUCAUAGCAUAUCAAGAGAGCCAAUCGCCUUUGCUCUACCAAACAUCCCCGAUAUACACGCAUGGCAGGACUCAAUGAUACAACGCUUACAACAAUGGCGACUCGAGACGCCCGAAAUUCCAUACACGAAAUCACUCUGCGAACUCAACUAUCACACCAUGAUGCAAGUUCUCCUCCGACCAACACCUGCGAUUCCACGUCCCAAGCCGGCCGCACUCGAAACCUGUUAUGUGAGCGCCGUAUCCGCGAUCCGCUUGCUGAAUUCCCAAUACCGCAAUGACUCCAUCAUAUAUCAAUCCUCAACGCUCCAUUCAAUCGUCCUUUCUACCCUCACUAUGUUCUAUUGUAUCUGGGGCGUACCGAGCAUUGCGGAUACCAUCAAGGUCGACUCCGUAAUGACAGACGUCCGUUCGGCAAGCAAUAUGCUUGCCGCUGCAGGCGAGCAUUGGCCCGGCGCAAAGCGCAGCAGCGCCUUUCUCGAUGAGCUUGGCAGCAUCAUAGUACGCCGUCUCGUGGAUGGGAAAUCCAAGACAAAUGCAUCAACUUUGGACUCUUCGGCACCACAGCUAUCGCCUGCGGGAUCGGGUACAUCCAGCGAUACGUUUGGUACCCUGGGACAACCAGCAGUCAGUGCUCCCGAUCCAGACCAGGGCCAGCCGCCCUUCGAAGGAGAUCUGGGUCUAUACGGACAGGAGUGGCAAGCUCCCUCGAUGCUAUACGAUUGUGAUGCGUCGAUGGCCGGGUUUGGGGACCAGCUUGACUUCAGCUCUAUGUUUGAAGGCCAAGGCUUAUCGAAUUCCUCUUUCGACAAUCUCAUGGAGGGCAUGUUUGACUCUGACUGGAUGUCCAUGGCUACGAACUCUUAUAAUGGCUUGUGAGGCCUUUCGAAGACGUGAGAACGAUCAUCAUCCUGCAAGCAUAUUUUUCAUGAUAUAAGGCAUCAGUCUGUCAGUAAUACAAGCUACGCUAUGAUAGAGAGGCCCAUGUCCCCAAUUCCUAUCUCACGCAAGAGUCUCACGCUGAUAGAUUCGUACAACCACGUACAAAGAAGUGCAGCU